AUGACACCUGCCGCAGACGCGGUAGGCGCAGCGUCAUCGUCGGCGGGGAUCAGCGCGCAGUCGCUUGCACUCGUGCCUGCGCGUGCGCGCGGCGGAAGCGGGGGGAACUGGGGGGAGCUGAUGGCGGGGAGGAGGGCGGAGGAAGCGGCGGCAGUGGCAGCGGCGGUGGGGGAAGAGAGCGCGGAAGUGGUGAUGGGCAUUCUGUGGAAGUGGGUGAACCUGGGACGAGGCUGGGGCAUGCGGCUGUUCGUUCUGGAAGGGGGCCUGCUGUCUUACUUCAAACUAGAGGGCCCUGAUCGGGUAACCGUGUUACAGGAGCUUGAGCGUCGCCCUCGAGCCCGACUGAUCGGUGAUGAGAUUCGCCAUUUCGUGAAGAAGGAGCGCGAAGAUGGGGUCGUGCCUAACGAAGGCGAGCUUUGCGAUCGCAUGCCACAUGGCAGCGUCCGAUUGGAGGUUUCGACGCUCCGAGCCAGCACGACUGACGGUAGAAAGUUCUACGUUUUCGGGACGAAGACGCUCGGAUUAAGGACGGAAUCUAAAGCCGGGAGGUUACUAUGGAUGGACGCGCUUCAAGCCGCGAAAAUGAAGCACCUUCAGUUGAUUCGCGCCUCGGCACAAGCUCCUUCGAUUAAUGAUUCCAGGCUGGUAGCCGCGUCGUCGCUGGCCAUGGAGCCGCUAAGAGCGUACUUAGCGAGUAUAAGUGUGGGUGUGGAGGAGAUCGCUAAGUGCGAGGAGAUAGUGAGGCGACAAGUGGUGUUCAGGCUGGAGAAUAAACUGCGGGAGGAGCAGAAGCGGCGGUUGCAGCUUUUGCGGUUACUGAGGCAGCUUGAAGCGGAUAAGGUUGAGUUGGAAACGGCCAUGCUGGAGGAGACGAGGAAUCAGGGCUACGCAGGCACCAGCGUUGUCAUGACUGGCGAUGGCGAUGAUGCCAGCACGACCUUUGAUGAGGACGAGGAGGAGGAGGACGACGAAGAGGAUGACGAAGAGGAGGCGGAAGGGGAGGAGGAGGACGGUGGGGGUGAUCAAGAGGUUGACAGCAGUGCGGUUACUAUUUCAGGUCACGGGCUGUUGAAGCGCACUGGGAGCGACCUCAGGUCGAGGCAGAUUGGUAACAGCGGCCGCAGGUCCGGGAGGGCUCGGAGCAAGGCUCGGCGCGCUGCCAAGGCUGACGUGUUGGCUCGGGACAAUGACGAGGAUGAGGGAGGGUCGGGCAGCAGCGGCGGGCAGGAUGACGAGUUUUUCGAAGCCAUGGAUGAUUUCGUCAGCUCCGGGAGUGUGCUGACGGUGCUUGACAUACAAGAGGUGGGAUUCACGUACCCCAAGAUACCUCGAAGGGAUCGCCUGCCCCCACCAGCAGAAGAGGAAAAGCCGGUCAGCAUCUGGUCGAUUCUCAAGGACCUGGUGGGCAAGGACCUCUUCAAGGUGUCGCUUCCCGUGAGCUUCAACGAGCCCAUCAGCACCAACCAGAAGUAUUGCGAGACGUACGAGUACAGCUGGCUGCUCGACCGGGCAGCUGAGUAUGCCCGCCGGGGCAACAAGCUAAUGAGAGCAGUGCACGUGGCAGCGUUUGCAGUGUCGCGGUACUCGGGGAACGCUGGUCGCAUGCACAAGCCCUUCAACCCGCUGCUGGGAGAGACGUUUGAGGCGGACUGCCCUGACAAGGGCUUCCGAUACGUCUCCGAGGCGGUGAGUUGA